UCUGGGCAAGGGAGGAUCAUAAACAAAGAAUAAAUAUUUUUGGUAUUUCAAUAGAAAAGGCAAAAAGUCCAGACUGAUUAAUUUAAGAAAUUAUUUCUUUUCCAAAUAUAUACCAAAGAAAAUAAUAAAAGGAUAUUGUACACACACACAUAAAAUAAAAAAACACGAACGAAGGGGAACCAUGAAAAUCACCCUAGAAUUCCGCGGAGGGGCGGAGCUGCUGGUGAACGUUGCUAAGCAGUCCGUUGAUCUUGAGGGACCCAAGUGGACCAUGGCACAGCUGCUGAAGUGGGUCAAGGAGAACCUCAUCAAAGAAAGGCCCGAGCUCUUCCUCCAGGGUGAUUCCGUGCGGCCGGGGAUCCUGGUGCUGGUGAACGAUGCGGAUUGGGAGCUCCUUGGUCAGCUGGAGUACGACCUCCAGGAGAACGAUGACGUGUUGUUUAUUUCUACUCUGCACGGAGGCUGAUUUUUUGACGUGUGAGGUGUAUGUGUUGUGAUAUGAGGAAUUAAAGAUCACUUUAUGA